UAUUAAACUUAGAAAUCUCUGAAAUUAUCCCAAAACAAAAUAACCGAAAUCUUCAUCACAAAUGCCGGCCAAGUAAAAAAGAUACAAAUCACACGGGCGCUUUCCUCGAGAAAGAUGAAUUCCAGGCAUGGGCAAUCCCAUAGAUAGUGACUUAUAAAAUCGAUUUCACGUAAAUCUGAAACAGAACAAAUUAAAUUUGCCGUCUCACAUUUCCGUUUUCCCUUACCUGUUCACACUAACCAGUUGAUCAAAUCGGUAGAGUGUUGAGAAGCAUGGAGCUCAAGCCAGGCCUAUCAGCGUUGGUCACCGGCGGUGCCUCCGGAAUUGGUAAGGCACUAUGUUUGGCUCUUGCCAAGAAGGGAGUUUUUGUUACAAUUGUUGAUUUCUCAGAAGAGAAAGGCAAAGAAGUUGCAGGCCUUGCUGAGAAAGAGUGCGCUGAGUUCCAUUCUGGAUUGGAAUUUCCAGUUGUUAUGUUCAUCAGAUGUGAUGUCUCUAAUACAGGAGAACUAAAAGCUGCUUUUGAGAAGCAUUUUGUAACAUAUGGAGGACUAGAUAUCUGUAUUAACAGUGCAGGCAUCGGUGAUAUUGUUCCAUUCCACAACGAUCGAACUGAUGGGUCUAAAAGCUGGAGACAUGUAGUUAAUGUGAACCUCGUCGCAGUUAUAGAUUGCACUCGUCUUGCGAUUCAAGCCAUGCAAACUGACCAAAAGCCAGGUGUAAUAAUAAAUUUAGGCUCUUCUUCAGGACUCUAUCCGAUGUAUACAGGCCCUAUCUAUUCUGCCACCAAAGGGGGUGUUGUCAUGUUUACGAGAUCACUUGCUCGUUUUAAGCACCAAGGAAUCCGCAUCAAUGUGCUCUGCCCUGAGUAUGUCCAAACUGAUUUGGCAGAAAAGGCUGUCGGUUCAUAUGUUGAUCGAUUUGGAGGGUAUGUUCCUAUGGAACUUGUGGUGGAAGGUGCUUUUGAACUAAUCAGAGAUGAGAGUAAAGCAGGGUCAUGUCUUUGGAUUACUAACAGAAGGGGUCUGGAGUAUUGGCCAACUCCUGCUGAAGAAGCAAAAUACCUCCUCCGCUCUUCGAAAACACGCAAAAAAUCAUUGGUCACAGUUCCAAUGGAUCUUCAGAUUCCUCACAGUUUUGAAAAAGUAGUCGUUCACACGUUGAGUCACAAUUUCCGUAGUGCUACCAGAAUUGUGCGCACUGAAUUGAGGUUGCCUCUCAAGGCAGAUCAUGUUCUAUUAAAAGUCAUCUAUGCUGGUGUUAAUGCUAGUGAUGUCAACUUCAGCUCAGGGCGGUAUUUCAGUGGAAAUGGCAAAGACAUCACCUCCCUCCUUCCACUGGAUUCUGGCUUCGAGGCUGUGGGAAUAAUUGCUGCAAUUGGUGAUGCUGUUAGAAAUUUAAAGAUUGGUAUGCCUGCUGCCAUAAUGACUUUUGGCGGUUAUGCUGAAUUUGUCAUGGUCCCUUCCAAACACAUCCUUCCUGUAGCAAAACCAGAUCCAGAAGUACUUGCAAUGCUUACCUCUGGACUCACCGCAUCAAUUGCUUUGGAAAAGGCUGCUCAAAUGGAAUCGGGAAAAGUUGUCCUCGUGACUGCUGCUGCAGGAGCAACAGGGCAAUUUGCAGUGCAGCUCGCAAAAUUAGCUGGAAACACAGUAAUUGCAACUUGUGGAGGUUAUGUAAAGGCUAAGCUUCUUAAGGAUUUGGGAGUCGAUCGAGCCAUUGACUACAAAGUGGAAGAUAUAAAAUCUGUUUUAAAGAAGGAGUUCCCUAAAGGUACUGAUAUUGUCUACGAGUCCGUUGGUGGUGAGAUGUUUGACAUUUGCUUGAAUGCAUUGGCUGUCUAUGGACGACUUGUUGUCAUUGGAAUGAUUUCUCAGUAUCAAGGAGAACAUGGGUGGAAACCUCGGAAUUACACUGGAAUUUGUGAAAAGCUUCUAGCGAAAAGUCAAACGGUGGCUGGGUUUUUCCUGAUACAAUAUGCUCACCUAUGGCAAGAGCAUUUGGAUAGACUGGUUAAUCUUUUCUCUUCUGGAAAGCUUAAGAUUGGUAUAGAUCCCAAACAAUUUGUUGGCCUACAUUCAGUUGCCGAUGCUGUUGAGUACCUUCAUUCUGGUGAAAGUGCUGGAAAGGUUGUCGUUUGCGUUGACCCGACAUACGCUCAACAACCUGCAAAACUCUAAGUAGACAAGGAAAACAACUAUAUCCGGAUCCAAGGAGAAUUCAAGAUGCAAUAAUCACUUCUGAAAGUAUAUGGUAGCCUUGUUGUGCAAGGUGCACUGUACAAUGACAAAUAUGGAAUUGCAUUCGUUUUGUAAAACAGUUCUCAAACUUGUUAUAAGGUGUCAAGUAUUUAUUUUCAACCUAUUUGCGUA